AUGUUGAAGAUUCCCGCUCGCAUCUGGUACGAGACCGACAUGACUGUGAACAUCAACGAAAGCGCCCAUCCGUUCACGAACAAGAUGACAGGUAUGGGUAGACCGCUUGCAGAGUCUAUCGAACGACGGACUGCAGACCGCAUGAUUUUCGAGCAACUCGGAGAGUGCUCGCAGCGCUGCGACCAUCUCAACACAAACAUCACCUUCUCCGACCGGCACAGUGCGAAUCGCUUGCGCCACGAGUCCCGCAUCCGCACGAAGGCUGCGAAGACGUCGAAGGAGGACGAACUUGCUCGUCUCAACAACACCAGCAAAGACACUCAGCAGCAGAAGAAAUGUGGUGACUUCGAUGGUUCUGCCUUUGAAUUUCCAUCAGGCUCGAUUAGCGCAGGCGCUUUUGAUGUUGUGACUGGCUUGGGCGACCUCGACAGCACAGAAAUCAACGCCCCACUGCAAUCAGCACUCACGGGCGAUGUCUCGAGGUGGGACUUUGGUUCCUUCCUCACGACGUCAGGACCAUCUCGCUCUACCAUACCCGAGGAGGCACCUGCUGAUGCUGCAUCAUCCGCAUCGCGCGCUGCCACCUGGACGCCCUGGUCUGGCUCUAUGACGCAGGUCGACAGCUCCCAGCCAGCAUCCCAAAGCACCGGUAUCGGCUCAACAAUGCAGUCGCUUGCUGGGCCGAUCUCGAGGCCGCAGCCGGGUCAGGUCCUCGGCUGGUCGCCUGACGCAGCGUAA